UCUCUGGAAGCACAUUGUUCAACGCGGGCUCAUUUUAGCUACAACCAAUGAACGCCUCGGUGCAUAUUUAGCGACUGAAAAUUAAACACUUUCUCGGACAGAAUAAGGUGCAGAUAUCUGAAGGCGGCGGGACGCAGAGCAAGAACAUUUUGUUGCCUUCCGAUUGCUGCUGAGAGGCAACAGAGUUGAAAGAUUUUUCUCCUUCUCCACCGGCAGACGAAACGUCGUUCUUGUCGCUAAUUAGACCUCUGCUUGUUCAGUGGUGUGUGUCGUGAGCAGCAGCGGCAAAGAUGACGGAGUACAAGCUGGUGGUGGUGGGAGCUGGAGGCGUGGGCAAGAGUGCACUCACCAUCCAGCUCAUCCAGAACCACUUUGUGGAUGAAUAUGACCCCACCAUAGAGGACUCAUACAGGAAACAGGUUGUGAUUGACGGGGAGACCUGCCUGCUGGACAUCCUGGACACUGCAGGUCAGGAGGAGUACAGCGCCAUGAGGGAUCAGUACAUGAGGACAGGGGAGGGUUUCCUCUGUGUCUUCGCCAUCAACAACACAAAGUCUUUUGAGGACAUUCACCAGUACAGAGAACAGAUUAAACGAGUGAAGGACUCAGACGAUGUUCCCAUGGUGCUUGUGGGAAACAAAUGUGACCUCCCGGCACGCACUGUGGACACAAGGCAAGCCCAGGAACUCGCCCGCUCCUACGGAAUCCCUUAUAUUGAGACCUCUGCCAAGACACGACAGGGAGUAGAGGACGCCUUCUACACACUGGUUAGGGAGAUCAGGCAGCAUAAGCUGAGGAAGCUGAACCCACCUGAUGAGAGCGGUCAGGACUGUAUGAGCUGUCGCUGUGUGGUAUCGUGAUGCAGCUGACCGUUGCACGUUGAGGAGAAACGCUACAGCGCGUAGUGGCAGCAUGGACUUAAAGAUAGAAAGAUAAAACAAGUCAAUGAUGAAAUCUAAACUUUUUUCAAAAAGAGGACGAUUGCCGCAAAAGCUCUCAAGGAAACCACCAGAGCUGACUGAACUAUAGACCUUCAUGGAAAGGAGGAUCUGGACUGUUGCCUACGUGGCUACCUGAGUUAGCCUCAUCUGGCCCCUUUUUAGGUCCAAAUGUCGACCUGUGAGCAACACCACUAAUGACUGUUUGUCAACUCCAGUGUGGUCUCGCUGGGUAGCGCCACAAGUUUCCUACUAACUUAUUGUUCUCAGUCUCAACACUGGUCUUAAAGGGGGUGUCUCUGGCCUCCUCCCACCUUGAAAGCCUAAUUCCACUCCCCCUGCCUGCCCACUGGAAGGACUGACUGAUUUAAAUGGAAAGGACUGGAAUGGACAUUUAGUUACCCCAACACCUCUCACACAAACCCCGCUCCCCCCCAUCUCCCCCAUCCCACUCUACCUGCCUUUGGUUUCCCUCAAACGGCUGUGUAGUCCCGUCAUUGUACUGGAUACGGAGGGUGGAGGCUGACUUGGGAAUGACUAUAAUUUGUUGAUGUUUAACAGUUAGCCUAGCUGUAUUGUUUUUGAUAAGGAACAUUUUUUUUUUGUGAUUGCAGAAUUUGAACGUCACUGAGCAAUAUGUGAGCAAGGGUGUUUAUUUCAGACGGCACCUGGUGUGACAUUUCUUUCAUGACCUGCCUGAUGUAGUUUGGAAUUCCUUUUGGGACAGAAAUGUUGAAUGGAGAAUAUUAAGAUAGAUGGAUUUCCAGAAUGCGGCUGCCUUCUCUCCUUACAGAUGUUUCUUUGCUGAGAGUUGUCUUUGUGGCAUAAUAAUAGUAAUGGCUAGUGUACGUAGGUUCUGGUGCAAUAGGAUUCUUUACUGUCCACAAAGUAUUGGGAAUAAACCACCUCUCAUGGCUACUUAUUUUCCUGUUGUACUUUGGUUUAGGAAGGAGAGGUACCAUGCAUGAAAAUGUAGUUGUCAUUUUCCAGUUGCUGAAGCUGGAGAAGAUUGCCUGUAGAAUAGGAGGAAAACCCUACAUUUGUACAGUUAUACAAUGACAGGUUAUGGUUUUAGACAAAAUGACAACUAGUUGAUUUUUCUUGCAUUUCAUUUAAGUGACUGUAUGGUGCACAACUCUUGUUUACUACACGGUGAUAACAGCUAUUUCUAGAUGGCAAGAGUCGCUCCUUCUGGAUUAUAAGGCUCAGGAAUCGGGGUCCAGGAAGGUCUCACCUAACGGUCCUGGAAACCAGGUUUAAAGGAUGUCACCAGUUAGCUUUGCAGAGCGUAACGCACAAGUCCUGCCUCAGAGUGGAACGUCAGUUUGUCUGUUUGUUUUUUCCCACACACCAUACUACCCUCAAACUGCUCCUCUUUCUCUGCCACCUCAACUCUACAGUGGAACAAUAAUAGGUCAGGUGCUACUCAUAUCACAACCAUAUUUACUGUGUACGUGGGACUAUUGUGUGUAAUAGGUGAUGGAUAAUGGAGUGCAUUGCUUGUUUCUUAAUACUGACUAGCUUGUGCUCUCCAUGACUGCAUUAAUUUGCUGCCUAAAUGAAAAAGACUGCUCUGUGUUUACUUUGCCUUAUCUGUUAGCUAGUUUGUACCUCAUACAGUAUAUGCAGCAAGCUCUACCUGAGAUGAGUAUGUGUUCUGUUGGCUGAGUUGUUUAUGUUUGAUUAUGUGUGCAAAAAAAAUAUAGAAGUGUGUUGAGUUUAGACAUGCGCUGUAUAGAAUUUGAAAGAUGAGUCCCUAAAAACACUACACUGAUUGUUUAAACAAAAAAAAAAAAGAAGUUGUUUUAUUUUCUGUAACGGCAUGUGCGUCUGAAUGUGAUUCUGUUUAACAAGACUGAGAAACAACAAAUUUCAAGCAAAUUCUUUUGACAAAGCCCAGUAUAAGUUGUCUUGCUCCCAUGAUUAUAUGAAGUUUCGUUCACAUUACACUGGAACAUGUGAUGGUGAUUCCUAGGAAUUGUUACUUUUUGUGCAGUUUAAGCUUUUAACAGUUCUGAGGAUUGGUCAUGUAUGAUAAUGUACAGAGUUCCAGACACUACAGGCAGGUUUUGGCAACAGACUUCAGAUGCAAACCUCAGAGACAUCUCAGACCUCUUCCAUGAAAGACGUCAAAUUAUCUUUUGCCAUUGUCUCCUUUUAAGGGAAACAGAAUUUUUAUUUUCUGACUGAAUUGAUUUUGUACAGUUCAAGUGACUCUUUAUAGUGACACUCAUAACACGGCUUAAAGAACUAUGACCAGUCUAGUUGCUGUGUGGAUGGCAGCGGUCAAGUUUUUAUCAGUUGCCUGUUCAUUUCUCUGCUUGGAGGAAAGAUAUGAACCGUGAAUGUGUUUGAGUCUUUAGAUGUUGUUUGAAAGACGCCUCGUGUUUUAAAUUUACAAUAUUGAAGUAAUGCAAGAGUUGAUCCCCGGUCCCACUUUGGCUAUGUUGUUCCUAACAUUUAUUUUUCACCCGUUUUACUCAAACUUUUUAAUUGGGGGGUAAAAAAGAGUGUGCCGUUUGUAACAUGUAAUAACAGUCCUGAUGGUAUGCUUGUCCUCUCCCUGUUGAUCUAUUCCAUCCAUGAUAAUAAUCCCAUAGAAUUCCACAAAUCUAUGUAUUCAAAUUCCCAUUGCAUUAGAAUAUCAGCGUCAUGUUGCUGCAGGGAAACUCCAGCCAGCAAACCACAAGUAUACUGUACAUGUCAGCAAACCUGGCAAGCAUGACAAAGACUUACCACUGGGAGUUUUGCACAAGGAUACAGUGGAGUCAAGGGCUUGUUUCUCCCUUGCAAACUGUGGAAUGGAGGCGUGGAAGGAAUUUGUGAAAAUGUCAACUGUUUAGCUAUUUAAGAUGUAUUUACUCUUUGAAAAUGUGGCAAAUGUAUUGCAGGACAGGAAUA